CUCAGUACCCUCGGCCGUGUGAUCGGAGACACCCCGGCUCCCCUCCCUCCUGUCUGCCCCCUCCGCCGCCCAGGCCGCCCUCACUCUCCGAUGGACAGCAGUAGCAGGAGGCGCCGAGGGUGUCGCAGGAAGUCUCGGGCAGCCUAAUGAAAGUCCCUGAAAAAGGCAGAUAUUACGGAAAAUGAUGGAAAAGUAAAAUAAAUAGCCCUGGCACCAGGAAGAAGACCAGACAGACGAGGCUGAAGUUGGGUUCUUAUUCGGUCAGCUUCUCCACAUCGCAAGACCUAAAUAUGUACCACCCCUGAGGAAGUCACCCACGUGGUCUUCUGAGUGGGAACCUACCUGUGAUGAGCCAAAAAAACACCAGAAAAAAACGUGCUGCACUGUUUUGUCUGGUAAAAUGCCGGACCCCAUACCAGAAACCCUGCUGACAACAUUGUCAGUGGGGUCCAGCAAGCGCUGUUCAUGUCCAGUGUGUAAGGGAUUUGACAACACUGGAUUGUUUGUUUGUUUGUACAGAGGACAGUUCUGCUGUUACUUUCUGAAGUGCAGUUUUACUAUUUUAACAGUAGCGGUACUGCUGCAGAGGAUCUUUGUGACAUGAGGCAUUAUCCUGCUGUAAGUAGCCAUCAAAAGACAAGUACAGUGUGGUCAUAAAGGGAUGGACAUGGUCAACAAAACUCAGAGACUAUGUAGGCGGGGGUCAAUGUCCAAGCAAAGUGAAAAUUGAAGGGAAGACAGUGAUAGUAACUGGUGCUAAUACAGGGAUUGGUAAAGAAACUGCCUUGGAGCUUGCAAGAAGAGGUGGCAGAAUAAUCAUGGCAUGUCGAGACAUGGGGAAGUGUGAAAACGCAGCAAGGGAAAUCCGUGGCACAACACUAAAUCACAAAGUGUUUGCCAAACACCUGGACUUGGCUUCUAUGAAAUCUAUUAAAGAAUUUGCAAAGAGCAUCUUACAAGAGGAGGAACACAUAGAUGUUUUAGUAAAUAAUGCAGCAAUAAUGAGAUGUCCCCAUUGGAAGACAGAUGAUGGUUUUGAAAUGCAGUUUGGAGUCAAUCAUUUGGGCCACUUCCUCCUGACUAACCUGUUACUUGAUAGACUUAAGGAAUCGGGCCAGUCCCGCAUUAUUAAUGUGUCCUCCUUAGCUUACAUAGCAGGAGACAUUGACUUUGAUGAUUUAAACUGGGAGAAGAAGAAAUACAACACAAAAGCAGCUUAUUGCCAGAGCAAACUAGCCAAUGUUCUGUUCACAAAUGAAUUGGCAAAAAGGCUGCAAGGAACAGGUGUUACAGCAAACUCCCUGCACCCUGGAGUUGCAGAUACUGAACUGGGAAGACACACUGGAAUGCACCAAUCUACUUUUUCCAGUUCUGUACUAGCUCCCAUAUUUUGGUUCUUAAUAAAAAGUCCAAGACAAGCGGCACAGCCCAGUGUCUACCUGGCUGUUGCUGAAGAACUUCAAGGGACUUCUGGAAAAUAUUUUAAUGGAUUGAAAGAAAAAGAGGCAGCCAAACAAGCUUUGGACGAGAAGACUGCGAAGAAACUCUGGGAGGAAAGUGCCAAACUUGUGCAUCUUGAUGAAGCUUUACAAGAAUGUAAAGUGUAAUACCACUGUGAUAUGUCCUACAGAAAUGAAUCGCCUUCAGUGAAGGCUAUGGGUGCUCUUAUGUAUGUUACUACCUGUAUCAUAUAGUAAUAAACCUCUUUAC